GCGCGGGAGCGCUGCCUCCCCUUCCGGCCGCCGCCGCGAUGCCGAUGAAGGGCCGCUUCCCGGUGCGCCGGACCCUGCAGUACCUCAGCCAGGGCGACAUCGUGUUCAAGAGCUCGGUGAAGGUGAUGACCGUGAACUACAACACGGCGGGAGAGCUGAGCGAAGGCGCAAGAAAGUUCGUGUUUUUCAACAUCCCCCAGAUCCAGUACAAGAACCCCUGGGUGCAGAUCAUGCUGUUCAGGAACAUGACUCCCUCGCCCUUCCUCCGGUUCUACCUGGACAGUGGAGAACAAGUUUUGGUUGAUGUGGAAGAUAAAACCAACAAAGAGAUAACAGAGCAUGUCAAAAAAAUCCUGGGGAAAAGCAAAGAAACGCUUGAAAAAGAAGAAGGAGAAAGGAAAAAACUAUCGCAUCCAGCAACCUUCGGGCCCAAGAAGUAUCAUCUGCGAGAAUGCAUGUGUGAGAUUGAAGGCCAAGUUCCCUGCCCUGCUUUUGUACCAUUGCCCAAAGAGAUGAGAGGAAAAUACAAAGCUGCUAUGAAAAAUGAGGCAGGAGCCUGAUAUUUCAAUGUCUCAAGUCAUGCAGCUGUUUUUCCUCAGGGCUGGACAAUGAAGGUGCUUCAGUGAGAGAAGAGCCAACGGUUCCUGGGAACAGGAACAAGCAAGUUCAUUCAAUACAGACAACUCUGCCUCAUAAGCCUUCUUACAUCUACAACUACAAUAAAGUGAAAAAUAAAUAAAAGUUAAAACUGGCACAAAAAAAAA